GCAGGACCGCCCUCCCCUCCCCAAGACCAGUGCAGCCCAGAAGUGGGUAGUUCUGAGGGGCACAUUCUGGAGUGAGUGUUGAGAAGGGGCUUGCCUUUUCCUGAGCAGCCAGUUGGCCAUACCUUGUUUCCUGUGUGUACCAUCUGCUCCCUUCGCUGGUGAGCCUUUAGCAGGGGUUGUUUCCUCUUGGCUGGUAAAGAUGCUCUUGCUUUGCUUAUUAGGCCAUUGCUUUUAAAACUGACUCCCAUUGUCUUACAGCUUCCUGGGCCCUGAGUGAAGACCGCCUCGGCCUCCCAGUUCAUCAUGGCGUCAGCCUUGAGAGGGGCCCCUCCUGGGACAGCUGCCCGCCCCAAGGCCAAGGCCGCUAAGCUCCUGGACGUUCUGAGUGCCCUGGAGGGGGACGAGCCAGGCAGUGACAGGGAGGAGAUAUUCAUCGCCCCCCCUGACAACGCGGCGGGGGAUUUCACUGAUGAGGACUCUGGAGACGAAGACUGCCCGCGGGGCCCCCGGCUGCCCGGCAGCGUGCUGCACGCCUCAGUCGUGUCCGAGGACUCUGGCAGCGAGGAAGGCAGCGGCGAGCUGGCACUGCAGCCGGCCUCAAAGAGGCAGAAGGCAGGGGCGGACGAUCAGCGCAUCUGGGCCGAGAGAGACGUCCAGCCAGACUUUAGCAGCUGGACUGCGUCAGACCCUCACAUCGAGGACCUCAGGAGCCAGGAGCUGAGCCCCGUGGGCCUCUUUGAGCUGUUUUUCGAUGAAGGAACAAUUAAUUUCAUUGUUGAUAAAACCAAUCGGUACGCUCAGCAGAAGGGCAUCGCCCUGGGCCUCACGGCGCAGGAGCUGAAGUGCGUCCUGGGCAUCCUGAUUCUGAGUGGCUACAUCUCCUACCCCCGGAGGAGGAUGUUCUGGGAGACCUCUCCCGACUCCCACCAUCCUCUCGUGGCCGAUGCCAUCAGGAGGGACAGAUUUGAGCUGAUCUUCUCGUACCUGCACUUUGCAGACAACAGUGAGCUGGACGAGAGUGACCGGUUCGCGAAGGUCCGGCCUCUCAUCGUCCGGAUGAACUGCAAUUUCCAGAAGCACGCGCCGCUGGAGGAGUUCUACAGCUUCGGCCAGUCCACGUGGGAGUGCCUGGACCCACGUGGCUCCAGGCGGCUGCCCGCUGUGCGGCUGGGCUACAGGGUCUGGUGCGGGACCACCAUCAGCGGCUACCUGGUGUGGUUCGAGCCCUCACAGGGCACACUGUUUACCAGGCCCGAGCGCGGCCUGGACCUGGGGGGCAGCAUGGUCCUCAGGUUCGUGGAUGCGCUUCGGGCACGGGGCUGCCUGCCCUACCACGUCUUCUUCGACAAGGUUUUCACAAGUGUCAAACUGAUGUCCAUUCUGAGGGAGAAGGGCAUCAAGGCCACAGGAACGGUUCGCGAGCACAGGACAGAUCGGUGUCCCCCCAAAGACCCCAAGUUGCUGAGGAAAAUGAAGAGGGGGUCCUCUGACUACAAGGUGGACGAGCACAAGGAGAUCCUCGUGUGCCGCCGGCAUGACAGCAGCGUGAGCAACACCUGCUCCAGUGCGCUGGGCAUUGAGCCCAUGAGGCUGGCCCGCCAACACACUGGUGCGGCCGGGGCGCGGGCUCAGGUCCACCCGCCAUCGCUGCUGAAGCUGUACCAGGAGAAGGCAGGCGGCGUGGGCCGGCUGGACCAGAACAUCGCCAAGUACAGGGUGAAGAUCCGUGGCCUGAAGUGGUACUCGAGCUUCAUCGGCUACGUCAUCGACGCUGCCCUCAACAACGCGUGGCAGCUGCACAGGAUCUGCUGCCCAGACAGGCGUGUGGACCUGUUGGCCUUCCGGAGGUACGUGGCCUGUGUGUACCUGGAGAGCAACGCCGACACAACCUCGCAGGGCAGGCGGGGCAGGCGGCUGGAGACUGAGAGCCGCUUCGAUAUGACGGGCCACUGGAUCAUCCACCAGCACAAGAGGACCCGCUGCGCCCUCUGCCACUCGCAGACCAACACGCGGUGUGAGAAGUGCCAGAAGGGCGUGCAUGCCAAGUGCUUCAGGAAGUACCACACCCGGUGAGGCACGGGCAGCUGUUUGUCCAAGGGAGGACUUGGGCAUCAUCUGUGUUGAAGAAGGACCUGCACCUGUUGAUUUGGUGUUGUAUUUUCCCCCCAUUCCUAUGUUAGUUAUUUGUUUUAUUGUAUGCUGUUCUGCCCACCUGUAGUAUAAUAUUUAUGUUAGGACACUUAAAUGUUUGCAAAUCUGUAUUUUAUACUGGCAUUUAUUUAAACAUUCAAAUAACAUCUUGCCUUGGGGUACAUUUGAGUUCUGGUAAGGAUAGAUAAGAAGUACUUAGAUAAACAGUGAAAGGAUUUACCACUGUGUGCCAUGAUUUAUAAUCUAAGGUGUAGGCAGUAGUGUAUUAAGUAUCACAGUGAUACAAUGAAGGAUUUCUUAGUGAUGUGUGUCUCAUACUGGUCCCAGGCUAUCCAACUCACCAUAUAUCAGUAGUCCGCCUUGUAUUUGCUCAAAGAGCUAAAGUUCCAGAGUUCAUAUGUUUUUGAUAAAAAUACUUUCCUAACUCCAUAUUUCCAUAUGGAAUCUGUUUUUACAAAUAUUAUAUGGUAGGGAUCCACUUUUUCCCACAUAAUUUGUUAGAAGGGAAAUAUUUCUUCACUGAUUUAAAUUCCACCUGUAAAAUUUUCUGAACUUAAGGGGAAAAUACUGAAGUAAGGAAGCAGUUUUAUGUUGGAAAACUUGGUUUGUUUGGCCCCAGCAAUCUAGGAGGCUGAGGCAGGAAGAUCACAGAGUUCAAGCCCAACCUGGGCAGCUGAGUGCCUUAGCAGGAUCCUGUCUCAAAAUGAAAAGGAAAAGGCCAGGGACUGUAGCUCAGUGUGAAGGUCUCAGAUAUGAGGAAACAGACAAGCCCAGGUUGGGCACUGCCCACCAACAGCCGGGUUGCAGCCUUGGGAAGUACCAAGAGGAGGCCUGCCUCAGGUUAGAUGGGCUAAGGCGAUGGGGCAGAACGGGGCGUGUGACCCUAGCCCAGAUCUACCAAACUGUUCAAACCCUGACAGUGGGACAACUGAGGAGACUUGAAUAAGUUCUGUAGAUUAAUUUGCACUACUUUGUGAAUAUUACUUUCCUGCUUUGGUGCUUGUGUAGUGACCAUUCAAGAUGUCUGUAUCCAUGGAAGAUGGGUAAAGGGAGCUGCCACGCCUCUGGAAGGUUUUUAAAAUUUUGAAAUAAUUUAAAACGAACAUUAGAAAAAUGUUCAUACAUUUGGUACUCUACUUCCAUCUUUAAUAAUCUAGCCUGGACACUGAAGCAUUUCUCAUAUCCGGAAGUUUACUGUUGGGAAAAUUCUGCUAUUCAGUUCUCUCCUGCAUCACCAUGGUCAGGAAUACUUGGAGACUCUAAGCCAGGUAUGUUUAUCUUACUGAUGGUCCAAGAGAAUGCCUUGAAGUGACUGUGGAAGCAGCUGUAAAGCUUUCAGAAGCUGCCGAAUGGUUGGUUGUGACUCCUCUUGUGGGUUGAGUGAAAUGCCACUGCGACAGAUGAAUAGUUUCAGGUUGUAACGGAUGUAGGAGCCCAUGCAGGCUUUUCCAGGCCCUCAACCGAAACCAAAACUAAGAUCCAGGAGGAGGCUCAGCCAGACCCACACCUGGUUUUCAGCGCCAGAUGCGGUUCCUUGUUGACAUAUUCUCAGAGGUGAACUUAAAGCCAUCAGAGGAAACCAUGGGAGAUCAGCAGGUCCACAAGUGGGAAAUCACUGGAUGUGCUAUCUAUUUGUGUUCACCACAGUUCUGCGGAAAUAAUGACUCUGUUGACUGCAGAGGAUGUGAAAAUCAUGCUGGUUGUUGUAGAUGAGAUUUCAACUAUGAUUCUAAUAAAUUAGGCACAACUGACAAACAGUAUAUGUUGAUGGCAGACUGGGAGCCUAGACAAAGUUGAAGGUCUUCAGAAACAAAAUAACCAUGAGACCUUAAGUUAGGUGAACAACUAUUUAGAAAAAAUACUUUGGUAAAAAGUAACACAAUUGCUUAAGUGCACAGUUCCGUAGUGUGUUCAUAUCAUUGUGCAACAGGUCUCUUGGAAGUGUUUCAGCUUGUAAAUCAGAAACUUGACUGACAACACCCAACUUCCCCUACCUCUUAGCCUUGGUUACUACCAUUUUGCUUUCUGCCUUUGUUGGACAAAUUUGGGUACCUUAUAUGUGUGGAAACAUACAGUCUUUUUAUUUUUGUGGUUGAGUUAUUUCACUAGCAUAAUGCCAAGGUUCAUUCAUGUUGUAGCAUAAGACAGGGUUUAAUUUUUUAAAUAAGGCUGAAUAGGGCUGGGGAUUUAUCUCAGUGGUUUCACCGCCUGCUGCGCAAGCACAAGGACCUGAGUUCGAUCCCCAAUACCAAAAAAAAUU